AUGCGCGGUUUAGUCACCACCACGACGCGAAGUUCUCGCCCCGCGAGUUCUCUUUUGUCGACCACGACGGGUGCGAAGAAGAGCGAGCGACGGCGGCCCUGUUUCGCGGGAUCUCAUCGUGAAAAGAAGAAUACAAAGAGAGGAAUUUGUUUGAGAGCGUCAGCCUCGAGAAGUGAUGAGGAUGGUUUUGCCGCCAUUACUGGCGGCGAGAGGAGGAAGAGUAGUCACCUUCUUUCGAUGACGAGGAAGGAAACGAACGGAGUAUUCGCAUCGUGUGAGAGUAGGAGGAGUAGAAGAAUUAGAGAUUCGCUCGCGCCCCCUUUAGCGGCUUUCGGGGGGAAUGGAAACAACGAUAACAACAACAACAACAACAACAACAACGAGGAAGACGAAGAGGAAGACUAUUAUUACGAAGAAACGCCGUUACCGUGGCCAGAGGCAGUCCCGGAGUGGGCGAGGCUUUCACAAGAGGACGUGAUUACAGUGGUCGUCACGUUUGCGGUUUCCAUCGCGUUUCGCACGUUCAUCGCGGAACCGCGGUACAUACCGAGUUUGAGCAUGUACCCGAACUUUGAUAUCGGCGACCGGUUGAUAGCGGAGAAGUUAACCUACCGGUUCGCGCGAGACCCAAACGUCGGGGACGUGGUCAUAUUCAACCCUCCGAGAACCGCGAAAACUGAAAAAGUGUACAACGAAGUCUUCAUUAAAAGAAUCGUCGCGCUCGAAGGCGACGACGUGGAGGUGAAAAACGGCGAGCUGUACGUCAACGGCCAAUCGAGAGGGAAGGAGCUGAAGCUGGAGAAGAUUAAAUACAACAUGCCGAAACUGCGAGUCCCGAGCGGGGACGUGUUUGUCAUGGGAGAUAACCGAAACAACUCGUUCGAUUCUCACGCGUGGGGACCGUUACCGAAAAAUCGGAUCAUAGGCCGAGCGGUGGCGAAAUAUUGGCCGCCAACCGCCAUCGGCGGUUUACCGAGUUACGCCAAAAGCGCAAACGUUGAACUUCUGGAAGCGCCGAAAGUUGCCGUUUAA